CAUAUAGAGUGUUGUUACCUCCUCAGUCACUCACACUCAGUCCCAUUUUUAGCUAAAAGAUGAGGAAAGCUCUUGCUCUAUUUGCCCUAAUCUCAACUAUUAUUAUCUCAUCAUCAGACGCAAGAUCAUCAAUAAUCCAGAAACCAAAACCUAGCCCUAACUUUAAGAUCAACAACACUACUAAUCAUACGAAUGCACAAACCUGUUCAUUCAGUGUAAAGAUCACCACCAGCUGUUCUUCUGUUAGCUACACUCGAGAUGAAAUCAGCAUCUCCUUUGGCGAUGCUUACGGCAAUCAGGUGUAUGCACCGAGAAUAGAUGAUCCGUCAUCGAGAGCAUUCGAGCGAUGCUCGAGCGAUACAUACGAGAUAUACGGGCCGUGUACGUACGAGAUAUGUUAUUUGGAUGUAUACAGAAGCGGAUACGAUGGGUGGAAGCUUGAGAAAGUAGAUAUAUAUGCAUAUAAUACCAGACGAACGGAUUCCUUUUAUUUUAAUGUUUGGAUUCCGGCUAAUGUUUGGUACGGCAUUGAUGACUGUUACUACUACCGAUCAUCAGCAGCAGCCCAAAAGUAGGGCUUUAUUACUUUCGUAUUUCUUUUUAAAUAAUCCCUUUAAAUAAAUUUGCAUUUGUAUAUGUGAAAUAAAAAGCUCGUAUUUCCACUCAAA